AUGGAGGAGUCUUCUCUUGUGCGUUUCGUGUUUGCGCUCUGUUUGGUUUCGUCCUCUGUGUUCUGUUUGGAUGAUUCAGACCAAAACAAUACCGCUUCUUCUUCUUCUGCUGUUUACAUUGUUACUCUCAAGCACCCUUCGUCUGUUCAUUCUUCCGACAAGGAACCAAGUGGCUCCAAACACGUCCUUACCGCUACUUCGUCUCAAAUUUACAAAACAUUGAACCGAAGUGCUUCUAUAAUUAGAGUUCAUGAUUCGUUGUUGAGAAAAGUAUUGAGAAAGGAGAAUUAUCUUAAGCUGUAUAGCUACCACUAUCUCAUCAAUGGAUUUUCUGCUGUUAUUACAAGAGAACAGGCUGAUAGACUCGCGGCUAGGGAGGAAGUGGACAAUGUGGUUUUGGAUUUUCCGGUUAAGAAAGCAACCACUCACACGCCGCAGUUCUUAGGUUUGCCGCGUGGAGCUUGGCUACGUGAAGGAGGAUCUGAAUAUGCAGGGGAAGGAGUUGUUAUAGGGUUUAUUGAUACUGGAAUUGAUCCUACUCAUCCUAGUUUCAGUGACAAAAUCUCGGGACAUUUGUAUCCAAUCCCUCCUCGGUUUACUGGUGUAUGCGAAGUUGCCACUGGUUUCCCGCCCGGUUCUUGCAAUAGGAAGCUCAUUGGAGCAUGCCAUUUCGCCGAGUCGGCUAUCAGUAGAGGAGUCUUGAAUUCAUCAAUGGAUGAUGCUUCACCAUUUGAUGGUGAUGGGCAUGGCACGCACACAGCUUCUGUUGCAGCUGGAAAUCACGGCAUCCCGGUGGUAGUUUCUGGUCAUCACCUUGGAAAUGCUAGCGGGAUGGCUCCUCGUGCUCAUAUCGCUAUUUACAAGGCAUUGUAUAAGAAGUUUGGAGGUUUUGCAGCAGAUAUUAUUGCAGCCAUAGAUCAGGCGGCUCAAGAUAGAGUUGACAUAAUAAACCUAUCAAUCACACCUAAUAGACGUCCUCCUGGUAUUGCCACGUUCUUCAACCCGAUUGAUAUGGCAUUGCUUUCAGCUGUGAAAGCUGGGAUCUUUGUAGUGCAAGCAGCUGGAAACACAGGACCAGCUCCUAAGAGCAUGUCUUCUUUCAGUCCAUGGAUCUUCACAGUAGGAGCUACAACUCACGAUAGAGUUUACAGUAACUCGAUUAUCCUAGGAAAUAAUGUCACUAUUUCUGGAGUUGGACUCGCAUCUGGUACAAGAACAAUGCACAAACUUGUUUUAGCUGCGCAUGCGCUCCGCAAUGGUACAUCGGUUAUGGAUGCUAUAUAUGUUGGGGAAUGCCAAAACUCGAGUAGCUUCGAUCAGAAGCUGGUGCAGGGAAAGAUCCUUGUCUGCAGUUAUACAGUCCGAUUCAUCCUCGGUGUCUCAACCAUUAAACAAGCUUUAAUAACAGCUAAGAACUUAACAGCGUCAGGUCUUGUCUUCUAUAUGGAUUCUUCUGCCAUCGGUUUUCAGAUGAGUUCAACUCCGAUGGAUAUCCCGGGAAUUUUAAUCUCCUCCUCACAAGAUUCUCAGGCUUUACUCCGGUACUACAAUUCUUCUCUGUUGAGGGACAAUGGUUCAGGAGAAAUUGUCGGGUCUGCUUCGGUUGCGAGAAUUGUUGGUGGCAUGAAGCCGACUUAUGGCAUUACAGCUCCAAAGGUCAUGUUUUUCUCUGCUAGAGGACCUGACCCAGAAGACGAUUCUUUCGAUAAUGCUGAUGUAAUGAAACCCAACUUAGUAGCUCCCGGGAACUCGAUAUGGGCCGCUUGGAGUCCUCUUGGCAUCGGUACAGCUGAUUUUGAAGGUGAGCGUUUCGCAAUGGUAUCGGGGACAAGCAUGUCUGCUCCACACGUAACGGGUAUUGCAGCGCUCAUCAAACAGAAGUUCCCUCAUUUCACACCUGCAGCCAUCGGAUCCGCACUCUCAACAACGGCUACUUUAUCAGACAGAAAGGGUGGGCAUAUAAUGGCACAACGCGCUGUCUUAAACCCCGACAUUCAGUCUCCUGCAACACCUUUCGAUAUGGGUAGCGGAUUCGUCAAUGCAACGGCAGCUCUUGACCCCGGUUUAAUUUUUGACAUAGGUUACAAUGAGUACAUGAAGUUUCUUUGCGGAAUCAAUGGAUCAUCUCCAGUCGUUCUCAACUACACUAGCGAAAACUGCUUAGCUUACAACUCCUCGCUUGCAGCCUCUGACCUGAACCUACCUUCAGUCACAAUAGCUAAGCUAGUUGGUACUCGAACGGUCCUAAGAUGGGUCACUAAUAUUGCAACCACAGCCACAAACGAAACAUAUACAGUCGGGUGGACGGCACCGGACUCAGUCUCAGUUAAAGUCUCACCUGACAAGUUUACAAUCGGAAAUGGUCAGACAAAGGUCUUGAAUCUUGUCUUUCGGGCGAUAGAGAACAAUUCGACAGCUAGUUUUGGGAGAAUCGGACUGUUUGGAGAUAGAGGUCACGUUGUUAACAUUCCAGUGGCAGUGAUCUUCAAGAUUGCUGUCUGA